UCCGGGAUGACGUCACGUCCCGCAAAAGAAACGUCAUCGGGCAGCUGCUGACCCCGGCGUGUAACUUUUACGCGUACUCUGCGGGGAAACUUUGGCCGCACCUUGAGCAUGAAUGCGGCCCUGAAGCACUGGAAGGAGGCGGCGACGCUCAUUGUGACCGCGGGCCGCCGCGUCAGGGCGCCGCAGGCCGCCGGCCCCGCGCCGCACCUGGCGCGCCGGUCGGGCUGCGACUACGACGUCUUGCUGCUCAAGCGCAGCGGUAAGAGUGGCUUCAUGCCCAACGCGUACGUGUUUCCCGGCGGCCUGGUGGACCCGUCGGACUUCUCCGACGAGUGGCUGGACAUUUUUGAGUCGUUCAGAAACGCUCCGAACUUCGGUUUACGGAGCGUCAAGCAGCCGCUGGAGACGAGACCCCCGAUCUUCGCCACAGACCGACACACGCUGGGCUCCUCCGUCCCGGGCGACGUCGCCUUCAGGAUCUGCGCCCUGAGGGAGACGUUUGAGGAGUGCGGCGUUUUGCUGAUUGUGCCCAAACUAGGGGGCGCAGAGGAGGCCAGAUGUGCUGGCGAUCGGGUGCCUCGCUACAAAGCGAACCAGCUGUGCAGCGAUGAGCUGGGCCGCUGGAGGACUCUGGUGAACCAGGACCCGUCCAACUUCAUCCGGAUGUGCAGGGAGUUGGAGGUGCUGCCCAACAUCUGGGCUCUGCACGAGUGGAGCAACUGGCUGACUCCCGAAGGCCGCUACGGUGCGAAGAGGUUUGACACGGCCUUCUACAUGUGCUGCCUGCAGGACGUCCCUCACACCCUGCAGGACCAGAAGGAGAUCGUUCGCUUUGAGUGGUCCACGCCCUCAGAGAUCCUGCAGAGCUACCAGAAGCAGGAGUUCUGGAUCGCCCCCCCGCAGUUCUACGAGCUGAGCCGCCUGCGCCGCUUCCCGUUGCUGAGCGACCUCCACAGCUUCGCCAGGCGCCGCGCUGCAGAGGGCUGUGAGCGGUGGCUGCCGGUCGGCUUCCUACAGGAUGGACACUACAUAUCGCUUCUGCCAGGUGACAAACUGUACCCGUCUGACUCGUCAGGCGAACUCAAGGGGGAUCUCAGGGCAGACACUCAGGAGGGGGAUGAUCUGCACCGUAUAAUCAUCUCGGACGCAUACGUUGGGACCAUAAAAAUCACUAUCACACCCAAGUACGACCACGUGCUGCCAGUUCUUGAUCCAGCCUCAUCAGAAACCUCUAAAAGUCAUCUUUGACUAAACAGAUUAACUGUAGCGUGGAAACUGAUCUAGACCUAGUAGUGACCGCUGUGGUUUGCUGGUCUUCGGUCUCCCAUUGACCCUUUGUGUGUCAGACCUCCAGCUUUCUUUUCAUCUCACAUAUUUUUAACAGACAAAUCUUAAGUCUACGGCCUUAUUGCACAAACAAUUUGUUUUGAUGUCAGUUUCAGUAAUAAAGCUCUUCUAUGACGAUGAAGUAGAUAAUAAAUAGAUAGUUCUUAAUAACUUAUUUACUACACGUUUCUUAGAUUUAAUUUGAAUGGAGCUAUUGUAAGUUACCCUCUUACCAUAACAACCGCCUCACUAUAAAACAUACAUGAGGAAUUUAAAGGCAGUACCUGCCACUGAUGCGGUGACGUGUGUGUUUGGCUUCCGUGGAACAGCGGGUGUUAUGCUUUCGCUGGGAUGCUUAAGGUUAGAUGAACUCUAGGGAGGUGUGUGUGUGUGUGUGUGUGUGUGUGUGUGUGUGUGUGUGUGUGUGUGUGUGUGUGUGUGUGUGUGUGUGUGUGUGUGUGUGUGUGUGUGUGUGUGUGUCAUCCUUCUCUGUAGGAGCUGAUAUGUGGACGCUCUGCAGGGCUUCAUUCUCCUUUGGGUGCCUUCCCUGCACACAGCAGUUUUCUUCAUGUCGCGUUAAUGAUGGCGACAUUACAUUAGAUGGGUUAACGUGUGUCCGCUGCACAUUACGAAAUGGGUCAUUUUCACUAUGAAUUUCAUAUUUUGACUUAUGCUCCGUCUAAGUAAUGGUCUUGUAUUUGAGACACAGUAACAGUAGCAGCAAAUGCUAAAAUCUUAAAUGUCACUCUUCUGAUUUUUCUGAUCUGUCAGUGUGAGGAGACAUGCUCCCCGUCUACUGUCCUCACACCGCAUCUGCUGCCUCAGUGUGUGUGCGUGCACGUGUUGGUGCGUUGUUUGCGGAGGAGAGUCCGUUGGGGGUUUCCAUGGCAACCCGAAGCCUUGGAAACCCACCAUCUUCGUCCAGAUGAGGUGAUGAUGCUGUGGUGUAUCUCAGCCAAGUGUGCAGCUCGCAUCUCUGGGCCGGUCUGUUGCCUUCACUUGUUUCCAAGCGACUGGACGACUCUGUCCGGCACAGGUUCAAAUACCAAAGCCUCCAAACAACUGCGGAGAAAGUCAAUCUACUCACCCUCUAUUUUUAUAUCUAAUGAAGCACACACUCUGAAACUUUGAUGCUGCGGCUAUUUUGGGAAGCAGCUUGUGUAGCAGAAAAUCAUUUCAGCGUCCCUGAACUAGUCCCAAAGUUGCAUUAGAGCCGACUUUGGCAGGAGCGUUUUCCCCCUGAAACACCAGGGACAAACUUUAAAGUGUUUCACGGGCUUUAUCUUCUCCACUAGUUAAACCCUCUCCCUCACCUCAUGUUUAAUUAAUCACCUUUUAUAUUUUUGGACUCCUGGACGAAGCCUGUCGUGAAUUUGAAGAGGUUCAAAAGCGGUUCAGGUUGAAGAGGUCAGUGUCGGCAGAGCUUGGUGCCUCCGUGCGGUGACAGCACAGACGAGCUGGAUGUCAGGACGUGGGAGCGCAGGACGUGUGCUGUCGUCUGCUCCGUAACCUCAGGGCUCCUGGAAAGAUUGUGAUGCUGUCUGACACUGUGCUAUGACGCGUUAUUGUAUGUGGUACAGCACGUCUGGGUUUUAUUCUGUGGUUACUGGAUGAGGAGGCCAUAAAUGUGCAUCUUCAUCUUUUGCAGUAAUACAUAAGAUGUGUCGCCCCCCCUUUACCUGAAAACAGUUUUCUGCUUGUGCUCUUUGAUUUUAUUUCAGGCGUCUAGGUGUUUUAUGUUCAUUCUCUGUGUUGGUGUAUUAAUCCAGGACAGACUUCGUUCCACAAAUACCCUCAAAGACUCUUACUCCUAAAACCAUUAUGGAGUUAAAGCAUUUGUAUUAGUCUCCUCUCCUUUUUCAACUGAACAAGAUUUGAAUCUGAAGCUGGUUAAGAUUAUUAUCCUGCUCUUAAAAUACCUCGUUGUACAUGUGAUGCGCUCUUCGUUUGUGCGGAGGCCGCUUUGGCCUCGUCCUGCUUGUAAAACACUUCUUCACACCACAGACACGUUUUCCACUGUGUUUAAAAAUGUUAUUGUAAUAAAUAUACUUUCACUGCA